AUGAGCUCUAAGAAUCCGGGAGUAUUUCGUGGAUUAGUUGAUUUUGCUUGUGAACUGGAUUCUAGCUUAGAUGCUCAUUUAAAGACCGCUACAGUUUUUAAAGGAACAUCUAAAUCAAUACAGAAUGAACUUUUAGAAUCUAUGUUGGAAAUUUGCAAAAAUAAGGUCAAGGAAGAAGUAAAGAAUGCAGAUUAUUUGGCAGUUAUGUGUGAUGAGACAACGGAUAUUUACGAUAAAACACAGAUGCUAUUUGCCCAAACUUAUGAUGGUGCAACUCCUCUAAGUGGAGUCAAUAAAGGUGUGCAAACCAGAAUAAAAGAAGUGUAUAUCAAUGCCCACUUUAUCCACUGUUAUGCCCACCAACUGAACUUGAUUUUGGGAAAGGCAACAUCACAGAAUACCAAUGUUCGUGUAUUUUUCAAUAGCUUGUCAGGAAUACCAGCAUUUUUUUCUAAGUCUCCACAAAGAAUGGCUGCAUUGGAGAAUGUUGCUGGUCAUCGAAUUCCAAGGCCAUCUGCAACACGUUGGAAUUUCAAGAGCAGAACAGUCAAUGCUGUGCAUGAAAUGAAAGAUGCACUGAUUGAAUGUUGCAGCACACUGGAAGCAUCUAACUCAAGAGAAACUGGAUCUGCAGCAGCUGGUAUCAAAAGAAUUGUGAAUGAUCCUGAAUUCGAAUUUUGGUUGGAAUUUUUCUCCAAAGUAAUGCCUCAUGUUGACAUCAUGUUCUCUCAGCUUCAGUCUAGAAAUAUUGAUGCAGCUAAGGCUAACUCCUCUUUAAAAGUUUUUAAUUCCGCAGUUCAGAAGUUAAGAGACGAAUGUGAUGCGAUGGUGUUGCUGUUGCCUCCUGAGCAGAAAAGAAGAAAAUUUAAAACAGACAAAUUAGCUGCUGCAAAGGAGAUGAAUCAUGAAGCAGAAGAUUCACUCAAUGUUCCAGAUGAAUCAUGA